GCUGAGAGGACCAACUCGGGGAACCGACGGCAACCUCGAUUCCUCUGGUAGCUCUACCGAUCCAUCAACACUAAGGAUGACGAUCCCCAAAGAGAUGGAGCAGCAACUGCUCUACCAUAUCGACCCAUCGCUCCAGUACAGACCCGAUCUCAAUCCGACAGCAUAUCGCAAAUACACCAUCGACGCUGAAGAUCCGAUCCAGAAGAGGGUCUUUGAAACAUAUCUAAAGAUGCACACUUAUCAAACCGUCGACUUCGUGCAGAAGAAACGCCAGCAAUACGGUUCUUUCAACAAGAUCCGAAUGCCCAUCAUGGCGGCCUUAGAGAAACUAAACGAUCUUAUUGACGAGUCCGAUCCGGACGUCGACAUGCCGAACAUAGUCCAUGCUUUCCAAACGGCAGAGGAAAUCCGCGCGAAGCAUCCCGACCAAGACUGGUUCCAUCUAACUGGUCUCAUCCAUGAUUUAGGAAAAGUUAUGGCUUUCUUCAAUGAGCCACAAUGGGCUGUCGUAGGCGACACAUUCCCAGUAGGUUGUCGAUUCGCCAAAUCUAUCGUUUACCGGGACUUCACCUUCAUUCUGAACCCAGACUGUGAGAAUGAAAAGUUAUCCACACCAUUGGGCAUGUACUACAGACACUGUGGUUUGGAGAAUGUGCUCAUGUCGUGGGGUCAUGACGAAUAUAUGCACAUGGUGCUCAAGAACCAUCCUGGGUGCACGUUGCCAGAAGAAGCUUUCUACGUCAUCAGGUUCCACUCAUUCUACCCGUGGCACACUGCUGGGGACUACGAUUAUCUAUGCAACGACAAAGAUCGAAAGAUGAUGAAAUGGGUACAGGAGUUUAACAAGUUCGAUCUGUACACGAAAUCGGAGAACGUUCCAGACAUCGAUGAGUUGAUGCCCUAUUAUCAGAAGCUCAUUGACAAAUACGUACCCGGCGACGUCGCCUUCUAGAUUAUAGUCUCUCCAGUUUUCUGUCUCGGAACGCGUCAGGUCAUACAUGUGUAGCACUUCGUCACCGGAGAGCGUCGAUAUCGAGGCGAUCGAGCGGAGUGUCAAGAGCUGUGCCCUUGAGGGUCGAGGCUAAUAAUAGUUCUCCUUUGUACAUAUGAGAAAAAUUUACGUAGAAUCAAAGCAUAUAACGGCGAUAUGGUCACUGCGCGCCCGGGCUUUCGGAAUCAGGCCGUUUUCGAAUCCGAUUAAUAAAAUAAUAUUUAAGGCCUCUCGCUGCAAGAAAAAAA